AUGUCCUCCACAGCUAGACCCCUUAACGAUGAUGAAGUCUUCAACGAGAUGAAGAAGAUGGUUGCCUUCAUCAAGCAAGAAGCUUUAGAAAAGGCCAGAGAAAUCAAAGUCAAGGCCGAUGAAGAGUUCAAUAUUGAAAAGGCAAAGAUCGUUCGUCAAGAAUCCUUAAACAUUGAAGCCGUCUUUGAGCGCAAGAUUAAGCAAGCUGAGGUUCAGAAGAGAAUUGCCCAGUCAAACCACAUCAACAAAGCUCGUCUUAGAAUCCUUCAAGAACGCCAACAAGUGCUUGAUGAUCUCUUUCAAGAAACAGAUAAGCUCAUUCAUGAAAUCUCAAAGGACGAAGAUAAAUAUGCUACUUUGAUGGAAGGCCUUAUUCUUCAAGGUGCCUAUGCUCUUAUGGAAGAUGACGUUGUUAUCAAGUGCCGUGAACAAGAUGUCGAUCAAGUAAAUUCUGCCAAGGAACGUGCUGCUGAAAAGUAUGAGGAAACCAUGAAAUCCAAGCCUAAUUUCGAGAUUAGCGAGGAAUAUCUUCCUGCAUCAAGUGCUGGUGGUGUUAUCAUGACUGGUCUGAAUGGUAAGAUUACUGUUGACAAUAGUCUGGGUGCUCGUUUGGAUAUUGCCAAGGAAGAGAUGCUGCCUCAAAUUCGUGUUGCUUUGUUUGACCACUCUCCCAACAGAACCUUCUUCAACUAA